CUGUUUGUCGAGAGGUCAUCGCUUUACUCAUUUAUUUAUGCAAACCUCGGCAAAUCAUUUAUCAACAGCAGAGAAGCAUAAUGGAAAACCACAGUUUACAAGUUGAGGACAUUGACCUUCAAGGAAUAUCUGCCGUAGUUGGGGAGUUUUCCAUAGCACUGGACGACUCUGGAACAGAGAGUUUCCUCAGGGAUCCUGACUCUUCUCUUUGUGAUUCCACUAAAGCAGAGGACAGAGAUGAAAGUGUCCAUUCCUCUCAAACAUUCGGCUCAUCCUCUUCUCUAUCUGAAGAAAAGACUCAUCCGGCUAAUGACAAAUCACCUCUUAGACCCAAGAUUCCUGCAGGGGGCCGCUUUGACCCCCAUGACGUUUUAGAGAAAUACAUUGGCAUUGUGUCACUGCCAAACCAAGUCCAACAGAAAGCAGUGAAAAGGGGAUUUGAGUUCAAUCUGAUGGUUGUUGGUGAGUCUGGCUUGGGCAAAUCCACUCUUGUCAACAGCCUUUUCCUCACAAACCUCUAUAUAAAUAGAUGCAUGCCUGAUGUUUCAGAGAAGAUAGCUCGGACAGUCUCGAUAACAAAGAACACUGUAGACAUUGUUGAAGAGGGAGUAAAUCUAAGACUCACUGUUAUUGACACCCCUGGUUUUGGAGAUGCCCUUAAUAAUCAUGAAAGCUGGAAGGCCGCAGUUUAUUAUGUAGACCAGGAGAUGGAGAAGUACCGCAGAAAUGAGAUCGGGCUGAACCGUAAAAACAUAACAGACAACAGAGUGCACUGCUGUCUGUACUUCAUUUCACCUCAUGGCCAUGGUCUCAAACCGAUUGAUGUGAACUUUAUGAAGGCCCUGGAUCAGAAGGUCAACAUUGUGCCUGUGCUGGCUAAAGCAGACAGCCUCACUCCAAAAGAGAUCAGCAAUAUGAAGGCAAAGAUUUUGACUGAAAUUGACAAAUUCAAAAUCAAGAUCUUCCAGGUCCCAGAGUGUGAUGCGGAAAAUGAAGAUCUCUUCAAGCAGCAGACUGCAGAGAUAAAGAGAAGUAUACCCUUUGCUGUAAUUGGUAGUAAUACAGUAGCAGAGAGAAACGGCAGGAGAGUUCGAGCCCGUGUCUAUCCAUGGGGUAUUGUAGAAGUUGAGAAUCCAUCUCACAGUGAUUUUGUGCAUCUGAGGAACAUGUUGAUCCGCACACACAUGCAGGACCUGAUUCAUACAACCCACUAUCUGUUGUAUGAGGACUAUCGUAUAAAUUGCCUGUGCAGGAACUCAUUAUUGGUAUAAAAAGGCAACUUAUUUAUCUUUUAGCAUUGAGAAAAUUUCAUGACAUUGUUAAUUAUUAAUUCAUUUUAAUGAAAGAAUGUAUUUUGUUCAAGGAGUGAUGCUUAUUCUAACAUAGGGCUGAAGAUAUAAUUUCUGUCCCACUACAUUUAUUUACUACACUGUAGUGUACAUUUUUAACAUGGGAAUAAAGACAGAGCCACC